AUGGGCAAUGAAAAUUCAAUUCCUAUGGAGAUGUGUUCUAAUUUCGAUGCUGACGAGAUCCGGCGGCUGGGCAAGCGCUUCCGGAAGCUGGACCUGGACAACUCCGGCGCGCUCUCCAUCGAUGAGUUCAUGUCGCUGCCGGAAUUGCAGCAGAACCCGCUGGUGCAGCGCGUCAUCGAUAUUUUCGACGCAGAUGGCAACGGGGAGGUGGAUUUCAAGGAGUUCAUCCAGGGCGUGUCACAGUUCAGCGUGAAGGGAGACAAGCUGUCCAAGCUACGCUUCGCGUUCCGAAUCUACGAUAUGGACAACGACGGCUACAUCUCCAAUGGAGAGCUGUUUCAGGUGCUGAAGAUGAUGGUCGGUAACAAUCUCAAAGACACCCAGCUGCAGCAGAUCGUGGACAAGACGAUCUUGUUCGCGGACAAGGACGAGGACGGCAGGAUCUCGUUCGAAGAGUUCUGUAAUGUGGUGGGCAACACUGACAUCCACAAGAAGAUGGUGGUCGAUGUCUAG